GAAAUUGACAUGUUUUGACUGUAGUUUUCGUGCAUUUAGAGUUUGCUUUUUCGCUGCCACAGAUUUAAAUGUCUUCGACCAAAGAUAAACAAGUAUAUGAAAAUGAGUUGCAGCAACAACUGUGUAGUUCGUUUACAGUAUUUAGAUUUUGUAAGGUAAAGUAUUUUGUUGACCAUUUGUUGGGGAAGUGAAUUUUAAGUUGUGUUGGUGAGAAGUUAAAAUGGAAGCUGGCAAAGAAAGAAAAGAAAAAAGACUACGAAAAGGUUCUCUUGAUGAAACAAACGAAAACUUGGUUGAUAAGGAACGAAAACAUCGUAAAAAACGAGAAAAAAACCGGAAGAAAGUAAGGUCGCCAGUCCCAUACUCUGACAAAGGCAAAACAUCGACGAAUUUGGGACAAGAGAAUGUAGCGUUAGCAUUGGAUGAAACAAAUGCUCGAGAGGGGAAGACUGAUGAGCUUUCACAAGUGAAGGAGUAUGAAGAUGUAAUAAAUACUACAGAAGCUACAAAUGAUGAAGGAUUGAAUUCAAAAGAUGGUGGCUCAAGUAACAUGAAACUGGUAACUGUUGAAGAUGGCAUUGAAAAUGUUAGUGGUCAAAAGGAAAAUAUAACAGAUAAAGUCUUGGAGACGUUGAAUGAAGAAGGAGAAUUUUCAAAAGCCAUGGAUAAUACAUACAUGCCGCAAAGUACAACUGAAAUGUCAUUUACAUCUCCAGUUGAAACUUUCUCUGAUCUUCAUGGUAGUUCUACAUCUGUAGUGUUAAAGCAGGAUUCAUCUUUGGACUCUUUGCAGCAAUGGAGCGAACAUGGAUCGUCAAACUUAGGAUACCAAGAGGAGAAAAUUGUGCUAAAGGAUACGCCGGUGUUUGAGAGGAUUUCUGAAGAUGUUCAGGUACCAGGAAAAGUUGUUUUCCCUGAAGUUCCUAACGUACAAGAUGACCAACGUGUCGUGUUGCAUGAUGGGAAGAUUACUUCAGUGCAGUCGACACCAGUAGAGCAAGUAAUGAAAAUUGGGAACGUAAUUGAAACUCACACGACAUUUGUGAAGAGUCAUGAUUCAAGUUCUGUUAAUCAUGAUGUCAUCGAUGAUGAGAGUGAACUACCUUGGGCUAUGUACAGAUCUCUUGAUCCUGUUUUUAAAAAUGAGGAUGAACAAAUUGAAAAAUGGAAUGUAGAUGAUGACUUGGAGGAUUAUGCUUUUGACGCAAAGAAUGAUUUGCCUGACAUUCAUGGUCUGUUUCAUAGUCUGGAAGAUGAGAAGGAAAGUUUAUUUAUGUCUCGGAGUAUUUUUGACAGCGAGAAACAGAAAGCUAAAUAUGAAUAUAUUGAUGAACUCAAAUCACAAAUGGUGGACUCCUCUGUAGAGAAGUACGUUGAGUCAUUUCAUAGAAGUAUCGAAGAUGAGAUCUUGAUGAUCGGAAGUAUUUCACUGGAGCAUGUUCAGGAGGAAGAAAGGCGUCUUAGAGAUGAACAUAUCCAGUAUCAGCAACAGCUCGGUGACAUUCAAAGGAAACGAUUGGAAGAGAUUUUGGUGCGAGAGGAAAUUGCAAAGAAAAAUGUGAUGGAGCGGGUAAAAGAGCGCAGGAAAGCCUUAAUGCGACGUGAGAAACAUUUGAUGCAAAGAGACCGUCUACUACAAAACAAGAUACACCAAGCAUUUCGUCGCUCAGAACAUCAACUUCUAAAAGCUCUUGAGGCUAGAAAAGCUGAAGUGAAGACAAUGUAUGGAGAACUUAUGAUGGCCGAUGGUGAAUACGGUGGAAGUAAAGGACGAAGGUGGAAAGUCGACUGGAACAGAUCACCUCAGCCUAUUCAAAUCAAAUUGAAAUGCCUCCGUGGAAUCAAAGACAAAUUGCCAGCUGGUCGUUAUGUUUUGAUGGCGUCAUUACACAACCGUCUUGGUGGUCACGUGAUGAAAUGGUCGAAUCUUAAAGGUCAACAGUGGGGUGGAGCAACUUUACCAUUGUUUCACGAAGGAGAAUUUUAUAACAUUGAAGUGAAGAUCGACCAAAGUGUGUUUACAGUUUGUCCUGCAAGACCGGAUAUUCGUCCCGGUAUGGUUCUCGUAUUUGAGUUGUUUCUUCUUCGAGGAGCCGUCACUCCAACUGACCGUGUGGUGGCUUGGGGCUGCUUUCCCAUUUGUGAUUCGAAUUUUAACGUUGUUGAAGGAAAAUAUAAAACUCCUUUCCUUCGAGGAGACAUUGAUCCAAGUAUAGAUACGUAUCAAAGAAUGGAGGAGUUAAUCACUGAUGAUAUUGAUCAUUGGUUGUGUAAUUUGUACUUCGAAGUUGUUCUCUUGCCGAGAUAUAUGUCAGGUCAAAAAGAGUACGAAGUUGAGUUGCAGUUUACAUCAAAUUUACUGGGUCAUCCUAAACGCACAAAAACUGGGGAGGAGUUAGCUGAUGGAGAGGAGCCUGUAUACGGAUCUCACAGUGAUCUUCAGUCUCAGAGAUCUGGUGGAUCGCGCCCUAGUAGCAAAGUUUCCAGUAUUAUGGGAACAAGUGUUGCUAGUGAAGUGCAAGAAGAUAAUAACAACGAAGAAAAAAUUCCUGUUGAUAAGAUGACGACACUGGGUCCUGAUCUUCAAUUACCUACUACUUCAUAUAAGGCUCAUGAUUUAUCAAUUGUUGAUAUGUUGUCUCCUUUUCGUAAAACGUCCUUUUCCCUUUUUUGCCAGUCUUCAUCGAGCGACGUUAACGACAAUAUACGUGACGGGCGGCCAUCGACAGUUUUACAUACUUCACGCAAACUUCAUGAGGCAGUAAACGUUUUAAAUGGAUUGUAUGAAGAAGAGAGCGACUCUGACAUAUCUGAAGAUGAGGUUGCUAAAUCACGAAGACAAGAUGAGUUUCAACCCGUGAAAGGAAAACCAGGAAUGUUUUAUAAGAAACACGUCAACAAUCCUGUGGAUACUUAUCAUAGAGCAUUGUACACAAUGCUACCUAAGACACCAUUACUUAGUAGUGAAUCUGGCAAGAAAAGGAAGUUGACGCACUUGGAGGAACUUAACCAGCAUUCAUUCUCUGUGAAAAGUCGCUGGUCAAACAAAGGUCGUCUACCACGACGUGGUAGAGAGAAAAUGCAGUACAUUGGACGACAGUUCCUUUCAGAACUUGGCCUCUCACAGUGGAGAUCACGUGAAUUCUGGGCAAUGAUGUUGAUGAUUAUUAUUACGUGGUUUAUUCGCAUCUACGCCCAUUAUGGUGGACAGUGGAUUUAUCUGAAUGCAAUUUUCAUUCCCAUCAAUAAAUUUGAGUUUUCACCCUACACAAUUAACCUUAACUAUCAAAAUACGCUAUUACCUACAAGACAAGAAAUCUCUCUUGUUGUGCUUGGGCCUUUUACAAACAUCGUCUUGUUCUGCAUAAUGGUAUUUCUUAGCUGGAUUGUGCAGCGAUUGUUUGGACUAUUUCCCAGCAUACUUUCGCGAUUUGUGAUGGCUUAUGGUAUUAAUACAUUACUAGAUCCUGUACUGAUACUUCUUGUCGAUACUGCUUUACAACGAUAUCGCUCCCUCGGUGGUGACAAACCAAUUGGCGAUGCUUAUAAACUUUACUGGCAUUUUGAUCGUUAUGAACAAAACGGCAUUAUAGGAAUUUUUAUAACAAUAUUUCUGUAUAUUGUUAGCAUAUUCACUACUGCAACUUUACUUUAUAUGUAUUUCCUAAGAGUUCACAAUAAUGGACGAUUACAGGAUGUUUAUCACAGAUUGAAUGGGAAAGAAGGUGAAUUUUUCGUCCCUUAUGAUAUGGAAGUUUCUUUGGAAGAACUGACAUUCAUAUGUCGAAAGGCAGAGCAAUGGAGAGGAGAAGAAGGCGAGCGACGUAAAGUUGCUGUUUAUGAUUACGUAUGGGAAGAACAAGAGUUGGAUGAAAAACUGUGGGAGAGAAGUAAAAGGAGUCAAAAAAAUACACGAGAGAUGACGACCCAUACAUCAAUACAUACAUUACAUUUGGAUGGCCUGCGGGAACUUUAUAGACAUUUUUUGCGUUUACCUGAUGGUGCAAUUGUUGAGGUAUUUGGUGAGAUGCCUUUGACUGGAGUGGAUGAGUCAGUUAAGCAAGCAAUACUACAAAAAAACACUUUCGAAAAUAUGGACUUGGUUAGUUCUGUUACAACAUUACGAUCAAGACGAGGGUCACAUGUGACCGCUAAUUUCUUCAGCUCAGUUGGAGUUACUGUAGAGCAAAGAAACACAAAUAAUGGGGGCUCAAGGCGACAGUCAAGGGUCCAGUUUAGUGACCUCCCUAUCAUUAAAGAUACCCAAACAUUGGAUUUGCCUGGGACUAGUAAUGGUCUGUUACAAAGUGAGUCACCCGUUUGAUAUACGCACGUUGGUUUAUGUAACUCCGUAAAAAUUAUCGUCGUUGGAAGUGAUUUAAUCACAAAUUUGGGCGUUAUUUUCGCACAAAAACUCCGACAAGCUCAUCACUAACCCUAAAUCAAUUCUUGCACCCUGUUUAUUGGUCCAUCUAUUCUGUAUUUCGCAUGAAGAAAGUGUUCCUUACUGGAUCUUGAAUUGAAGAAAAAUGCAGAAGAUUGAUAUCCAAUAAUCGUGUGUGUCGAAUGCAAUCUUAUCUUUAUCUGAAUCGAAAGAAUUUUUUAUAAGAUAUAUCGUUGAAGUAAAAGUUCAAAACUUGCAUCAUAUAAUUUUAUAUGUAUUUAUUGAAACGAUAAAACCUUUGCUUUUCCGAUAUUUUUUUAAAACAUUUACGAAACCAAGAGCGCAAAUCCGUUUUGAACAGUUGAGGAGGGGGAGAGGGUCAGGGAAUAAUGAAAGUUCUCCGUCGUCAUCAGAAAAACUAGAGGGAACGAGUUCCCUCUGGCAACCCCCUCCCUCCAGGAUUUGCACGCUUCUGAACCAUUGGUCUGAACCAUUUCGUUACAUUUAUUUGAUGAUUUUUGUUUUCCUGUUGCACUGAAUCGAUGUGUUUGGUUGUUUUUCGCUGAUCAUCAAGAUAUCAGGAUAUCAGAGAAAGAAAAGAUAUAAUUAUUUAAACAAUGCUAGUAUUUAUUUCUAAAUCACGUGACACGUCUAGUAUUUUCAUGUUCUAGUUUAUUUUCUAUAUGUGUAUCUAUUUAACGUGAAUAUUAUUUUGAGACUUUUUUUGUUUGGUUGUGCAUAAACGAACAAUUCAUGCCAGUGUUCAGUUGAA